AUGUUCGAAGAUUGUUUCUGUUCUCGUUGCAAUUGGUUGUUUGGUAUGUGUAUAAAAGUUUCAAUUGUUGAUAGACAUGCAUCUGGUCCUGAGGAGGUCCAUCUAGAACAAAAGAAUUGUUGUGGAGAAUUAGGCACUAGAGUUUACCAAAAUACAAAGGAUUCACCCUUCUGUGUACGUACUACCGUGCGAAAGAACGUAAGAAUAGGUCAUUUAAUGAACGUUGUUGGACCAGGUCCAUAUAUUAAUGAUAGUGGCAAAAUGAUAUUGAUUCGCCUGGUUCGCGAGCAGGAAGCAAUAUGGAAUCCAAAUUGUCCAGCAUAUUCGAAACCAGACCUCAAAUGUGCCGCAUGGAAUCAAGUACAGGAGCAGAUGAGAAGAAAUGGAUUCGAAUAUACUUUGAAUUUUUUGCGAAAACAAUGGAAUAGUCUUCUUGUGUACUGGAAGAAGAACCUCAGAUACAACAAGAAACCACCAGAAAGGGAAUGGCCAUUCGGCAGAAGCAUGAACUUCCUGGCGACGAGAUAUGGGAGCACAUAUCCACACUGCCCUCCCAACUACGAUGUUUCUACGCGAGACUCAAUGGAUGAUAUUGAUGUAUACGGAGAUAUCGACUAUUUGUAUGAGAACUCUCAGGCUAAUAGAUCGAUAGAUUCCCGAGAUGAUGUCUCAAAUCGACUGAGUACUGAACUUGAAAUGGAGUCAUCAAAUGAAGAAGCUGACGCACGACUGCGGUUGGUUCAAGGCGAUGUAACACCACCUCCAAUACAGGGAGCAGAAUUGAGGACUACCAAAGAAACACAGCAUAUGUGGAAACGACGUCACCUGCAACGGAAUAGGGAAGAUAUUGCUACCAGAAAUGAUGAAGAGAAGGACGAGGAGGAAGUUAUUGCUGAAACAGUUGUGCCAUCCGAAGAACAGCGAAGAAAUAACGUCGACAAAUAUGAUCAAUACGGUGCAUUUCUCGCCUCUACACUUCGUGAUAUGCCUGAGCAGGAGGCGAAGAAGAAGAUGAAGAACAUAAUGUUAAUACUCCUGGAUGACAGUGCGAAAUAG